AUUUGGACAAUGCAUCAACAUCUGUUAGACAGGACACACUCAACUUCCCUUUCCUUCCUCCUCACUCAUUCACCAUUAUCCCUCAGUGACACUACCGGGUCUACGAUGGCCGUCCCAGAGACGACCAGUCCUCAUUUAUGAAUAUUCGGUCUCCGCGACAAUGGAGGACAUAGCGGGGUUGAACUGGAGUUCGACCCCGGCCCGUGGACAGAACUCGAAACCAGCUCCUGCGACAUCAAACUUCUCUGCCUUUAACACGUUAAAGCCUACUCCUCCAGCCUCGGGAAGGGCCUCUCCAUUCAACUCGGCAUCGAUUCAGCCUCCCUCCAAGCCGUCUACCCCGGCAAACGACAGUUUCGCCAAUCUCGUUUCUUUCGGACCUGCGUCGCAUAAGAAUCUCUCGUUGUCGGAACAGCAGAGGUUGCAGGUAGAGGCCAAGUUACAGCAGCAGAAAACCCAGACUCAGAGAUUGAAUGAUCAGUAUGCUGGCGGAGAUGAUCAAUUUUGGAACAACCUGGGGAGUAGGAGAGGGACGCCUGCGGUCGACGCCGAAAAGAAUCACACUACAAACCAGAAGAAUAACGAGUUAGACGAUGCCGAUGACGAUCUAUUUGCUGCUUUCAAUAAACCAAUUCCUGUUAAAAGUGACACUAUUACUGCAUCUGUCCAGAAAAAGCCUGUGAAUGUUGAUGACAAUGACGACCCCUUUGGACUCUCAGAAUUCCCCCCCAGGCGGGCAGAUACCACCGCCACCGCGAGCACCGCCGCUGGUGAUGAUGACGAUGUGCUCGGUCUCCUAGGGAAGCCUGUACCUGCGGCCAGACCAGAAUCUCCCCCGCUCGCUGCGGAAGCGCAGGCUGCGGACCUUCAUCCGCAAGAUAAAGCUGUCGCAGAACUGGUCGAUAUGGGGUUCCCAGCGGACAAGGCAAAAGUCGCCCUAGAGGCUACCGAGUCGGGGCUUGACGUCCAAGCAGCUGUGGGCUAUUUAUUGAAUCAAGCCCAUGCUGAGGCGCGCCAAAAGACUCAGUCAAGAACUGCGUCCGGGCAAAGAGGUGAUGGCGAUAACGGCAGGAUGAGCUCCCGGCAUGAGGCGCAAACAUCAAGGACAAGACCGCCGUGGGAAGAAGGAGAAGGCUCUCGAAAUCGUACCAAAGGUUCCACUCACAAUGGAGAGAAGGAUUUCGAACAGCUUGCAGCAGAAUUCGGCACCAAUUUCUUGAAGACGGCAAAUUCUUUGUGGAAGCAAGGGACGAAACGAGUUCAGCAAGCAGUCCACGAAUUCAAUUCGGAUAGUGAGGCGGGCGGCCAGCCCCGAUGGAUGCGGGAAGUAGCAGAGCGACCAACCAGAAAAGAACAACCACAACGGCGGCCUGAGGCCGAGUCGGGGCGUGGUCGAAGGGGACCUAGUCCAGAAGCUCGCGCCCAAGCAAGCAUGACGGAUGAGGCGAUAAUGCUGGAAUCUAACAGACCAACGCCUGCACCACGACCUUCCUCCUCGUCUAGACCGGUUCGACAUUUUGACUCGAGUGCCGACAACUCUCGCGAUCACUCGCCAAUUAUACCCUCGCGACUGCGGGAAUCGCUUCCUCAGACCCAGCCAGCAUUUCUACGGCAGCAAAAUCAAUCUCCUGCCUCAAAUUCGAGAGCUAGUUUGAACCGCGCCGCCGCCGACGAACAGGCUGCUCAAGCAUAUGUCAGUUCUGCUCGACGGCGAAAGCAACAACCUCACCCUGUUCAUGAAGCGCCACCAGCAGCCGUUCCUGAAUCAAAUCUUCUCGAAGGCGGUUUCAAAGACACUUCUCCCGCCUUUCGUGCAGCGGCAACUCCUGCAGGAACGAGCAAACCUCCGCCUCGCCCUCAAACCCAUCCAUCGAAGCAACGCGUCGACUCGAACCCGGUUCAAGUCCGGCCCCCGGCUCCCAGCCGCACUGUCCCCUCCAUAUCAGUCAUCGCACUCCAGGCCAGUCAUUCCCACCGUGAAAAAGGCAACGAACAUUUCAAGCGUGGGGACUAUGCUUCAGCGCACCAGUCUUAUGCUACUUCCCUGUCGCACUUGCCGGAUGCUCAUCCGCUAACCAUAGUGCUUUUGACAAACCGUGCUCUUACAGCACUCAAAAUAGGCGAGCCGAAACAAGCCAUUGUCGACGCCGAUAGGGCCAUAAUGAUCAUCGGUCCGUCAAAGGGAGAGAAUGAGAUCAUAGAGAUCACCAGUUCGGGCGACAUGGGAAACAAGCCAAUGCGCGAGUACUACGGGAAAGCGCUAAUGCGCAAAGCCGAAGCACUGGAGCAGAUGGAGAAAUGGACUGAGGCCGCAGUCGUCUGGAGAGAAGCUGUGGAAGGAGGCCACGGCGGUUCCACAAGUAUCCAGGGCCGAAUGAGGGCGGAGAAGGCAGCAAAUCCACAGAAACCAAAACCUGCCCCUGCCUCGACCACUGUCGGAGCAAGGAAAUCAGGUUCCGCAUCUGCUCCACCAUCUUCGACGCUCCGCCGAGCGCCGCCGGCGCCAGCAUCUACCAGCCUGAAGCCAGCAGAAGCUGUUUCUCGCCUUCGCGCCGCGAACCUGGCCGCGGACAAGCUCGAUGAUGAAAAGUUCCGUCUCUCCGAGUCUGUCGACGCGCGGAUCAAUGCGUGGAAAUCUGGAAAGCAAGACAAUCUCCGUGCCUUGCUGGGUUCCCUUGACAGUGUUCUCUGGGAGGGUAGUGGGUGGAAGAAGAUAAGCAUGGCCGACUUGGUCCUUCCUGGCAAAGUCAAGGUGCAGUAUAUGAAGGGGAUUGGUAAGGUGCAUCCUGACAAGAUCCCUACCGAUGCCACUACCGAGCAGAGAAUGAUUGCCGGGGCCGUCUUCAGCGCGUUAAAUGACGCCUGGGACAAAUUCAAGGCCGAGAAUGGUCUAUAGUCUGGAGACGAGUUGUGAGGUCAAGUCAUUCCCCAGCGUGUAACGCUCUGUAUUGAGGAAAAUUGUUAGAGCAUGGCGAGUCUGCGAUAUAUAGAUGAAAGAGAUUUUUGACUUUUCACAAUCACCCAAACAGAACGCUGCCUUUGGUGCUGCGAGCUGCGAAUAUAGUCAUCACCGUGGUCAAUCGGUCGGAUGAUAGUGCUCAUAUAUUUGUACACUUGUCUCACACUUCCA